AUGUGCGUUUCAUUCUCCCAACAAGUUGUUGCCUCGUUCCACAUCGUUCACGUGGGUGCAGAUGCAUACAUUCUCAAAGACAACUACAUACAUAGACGCUUGGCUAUCUAUCUAUCUAUCUAUCUAUCUAUCUGUAGAUUUUACCGUGUGCCGAAACCGCUAGACAUUCUAAAUCCUUUUUCUUCAUCUCUCUUGAUAUGCGCCUCUUUCUCCCAACAGGUUGUCGCCCCAUUCCGCAUUGUUCACGUGGGUGAAAAGGCAAAUGCAUACAUUCUCAAAGACAAAUGCAUACAUAGACGCCUGGCUCUCUCUCUCUCUCCCCACCUUCUCUCUCUCUCUCCCCACCUUCUCUCUCUCUCCCCACCUUCUCCUCUCUCUCCUCUCCCCACCUUCUCUCUCCCCACCUUCUCACUCUCUCUCCCUCUCUCCCCACCUUCUCUCUCUCUCUCUCCCACCUUCUCCUCUCUCCCCCCUUCUCUCUCUCUCUCUCCCCACCUUCUCUCUCUCUCCCCACCUUCUCUCUCUCCCCACCUUCUCUCUCUCUCUCCCACCUUCUCUCUCUCUCUCUCUCCUCACCUUCUCUCUCCUCACCUUCUCUCUCUCUCUCCUCCCCCACCUUCUCUCUCCCCUCUCUCCCCACCUCUCCUCUCUCCCUCUCUCUCUCCUCCCCUUCUCUCUCCCUCCCCACCUUCUCUCUCUCUCUCCCCACCUCUCUCUCUCUCUUUCUCUCCCCACCUUCUCUCUCUCUCUCUCUCCCUCUGUAGAUUUCACCGUGUGCCGAAACCGCUGGGUGUGUUUAUGGCUACGAUUUGCAGGCUUAAUUGA